GCCGGCUCCUGCUUCCAUCUCGUGUCAGUCCCGCGCCGGAGACCGUCAGCGAUGUUGAAGGGAGCAUUCAAGAGGGGUAUUCCGACCCGCGUGUCGCCGUCGUCAGUGGUGAAGAGCAGCGUUGUCGCGCUCCCCGCGGCGCAGCCGGUAUGCGUCCAGCUCACGCCCUCCCUACACAGGACGGCGCAGGACAAGCGCAGCCCGCCGGCUAGCGAGCUCGCCGUCCUCCACCCCUCCGUCUUCAACCACCCCAUCCGUCGUGACAUCCUCCACCUCUGCGUCGUCCACUACCGCGACAGCCUCCGCCAGGGCAGCGCCAACACCAAGAACCGCGCCGAAGUUCGCGGCUCGACGCGCAAGAUCAUGCGCCAGAAGGGCACCGGCAACGCCCGCGUCGGCGACGCGCAGAGCCCCAUCCGCCGCGGCGGAGGCGUCGUCUUCGGUCCGAAGCCGCGCGACUUCAGCACGAAGCUGCCGCGCAAGGUCAUCGAGAUGGGCAUGCGCGUUGCGCUUAGUGCGAAGGUCAAGGAGCAGAACUUCGGGAUCAUGCGCCGGUUAGAAUGGCCGGAGGGCAAGACGCGCACGUUGGCGGAGCGGAUUGAGACCCUGGGCUUGCGGAAAACACUGUUCGUGACAGGGAGCGAGCAACUGCCGGAAACACUGGAGCGCGCGUUCCGCAAUAUACCCAUGGUCAAGCUCGUUCACGCCUCGGAGUUGAACGUCUACGAGACGCUCAAGUGGCCGCGCAUCGUCGCGGACUUGGAUGCCGUCAAGUACUUCGAGGAGUCCUUGAAGAAGGAUAUACCUGUCGCUCAGAUCCCUCUGGUCGCAUUCGAGGCUGAGGCUGAGGCCGACUUUCUGGCUCAGACGACGAUACCUGAGCCACCAGCUGCUGAGCCUUCACCAGCACCUCAAGCAGCAUGAGAUACAGUGUUCGUAGAUGUACACACUUACUCGCUACUUGAGUGCCUUUGCGCACGUCUCGAUGAUAUUUUUUGGGCGUCACACACCCUCACCUCUGGAA